AUGCCACCGGCACCGCCAGGUAUUCGUCAGCGUGCUGUCUAUUCGGAGCUGCUGGUGAGCACUGGGCUGCUUUUCGAGAGACGCCACAAGGCGCGUCAACUGGCUGACCUCGCGCAACUUCACCUCCAGGCCAAGUGCUAUCUAGACAGAUGGGUAAAUAGUGAACAAGAGGCUCGUGAGGUGGAAGUCACGCUAGAAGACGAAGGUGAGCAAUCUCCGGGGAUAUCGGACGUCCCGGGUGAUGAUUUGAACGUUGGAGGACCGGUGAUCCGAUCCGUUGCGAGCGACGCGGCCUAUACAUCAGAAGAUAAUUGGAACGUCUACCAUCGUACUGGAACAAAGGUGUAUUUAACAAAGACCAAUAAUUUGAAUUACGAAGCCACUGGAUACAGUCUACAGAGUGACUUUGCAGACACUGAUUGUAUCGACACUCCGACGCAAUUAGCAGCCUCUUCGUCAGUGGAUAGCAUUGUGCAAGUGUAUUCAGUGGCUACAGCCGCAUCUGGUGAUACUGUUGUAAGCAUCUGCGGAGAGGAAAACACAGUUGUCGGAGCGUCUGCGGAAACCCAUGCUGCAGAGAAUAAAGAGCGUUAUCCGAAUCGUACUGUGGCAAAAAUCAUCUGGACGUGUUGUUUCUUAACACAGAUUAUAGUAUCCGCAGUGAUAGUUGCAUCCCUACAUUUGUCGAAUAGGUGGAACUGGCACGAAAAAUUCAGGAGCUUCCACAUCGUAUAUCCGUUUGUUACAUACUUCAGCACGCGCGUGAUAGCACAAACCGCAAUCGAUUGGGCCCUGACAAGGUACGUUAGGUCGUACAACACUCCUGCGAAAACGGAUACGCGACUGGAAUUGUAUCACCUGAUAAACGGGGCAAUUAACAAUACAUGCCUCGUGCUGGCCGUAGCCGCAGCUUCAUUACCGAACAUUGCAUCCGAGGAGUUAAUCGUGUACGCUACGGAGACGAGUGCCUACUUCGGGAUUAUCGCAGCAAUUCUUGCAAUUAACCUAAUCGCAACUGUGUAUCAGUGUUGUUCGAAAUACCGGCUUUUACGAGACUUGUCCGCUUGA